CUGCUGUGAGAACCUUACACGAGGCGGAGGAUUUUAUUUCACCCUCAUUUCCUUCUCCCAACUGCACAACCAAAAAUACGAUUUUGGGGCUGUGUUUAAAGCUCCCCCCAAACCCGUGGCUACGCCACUGUUUUGUGCAUAUGUUUGUAUAUUCAGGCCGAAGUCGAAGUUUUUGCUUAUUUUCCCCACUUUGUGAUUCCCGCCGCUCAGUGCGGUGUUGGCGGCGCCACAGUCGUUCGGUUCUGUUUUCUCUGUGUCUCUGUGCAACAUGCUGUGCAAGCGUUGUGCCAUCCACUUGGUACUGAAUUAAUUCAGCAAAGAACAAGGAAGUUUUAUUUCAUCCACCUUAUUUAUGUCGCGUGAUUAUGAAUACAGUUGAUGAAAGGGACCCCUUGCGUCUAGAGAGAGAAGGGAGAGUACGUGAAGUUGGCGUUCAAGCUGUGUGGUCGCUGUCGUCUUGUAAGCCAGGAUUUGGUGUGGACCAGCUGAGAGACAACUGUCUCGACACCUACUGGCAAUCGGACGGACCACAGCCACAUUUAGUAAAUAUCCAGUUCCGACGCAAGACUUGUAUUCAAGGGAUUUGGAUCUAUGCCGACUACAAACUGGAUGAAAGCUACACACCAAACAGGGUUUCUGUAAGAGUUGGCAGCAGCUUCCAUGACCUCCAGGAGCUAGAAGCUGUAGACCUCAAUGAGCCUACUGGAUGGGUGCACAUUUCAACUGAAGAUGCACAGGGUCGACCGAUCCGCACGUUCUUCAUCCAGAUUGCCAUCCUCUCAAACCACCAAAACGGUCGUGACACUCAUUUGAGGCAAAUCAAGGUUCACUCUCCUGUUCAGCAUGCCAGCGUCUGUCCCAUUCCCGGUCUUGUUUUCACCAGCCCUGAGUGUCGAGCCUUCAGCUGCAUCCGCUGA